AUGAACCAGGCUUGCACAAUAUUCACAAAACAACUAUUUACAGAUAAGGAGACACUUCCAAGGAAACUAAUGGGUCCACCUUGCAAAUGUCGUUUAGGCUGCUACAACAAAGUACCUGAAGAAACUCGCAAAAGACUGUACGAAAAUUUUUGGAACAACUGCAACCAGACGCAGAGAAAGCAAUACAUUGCCUUAUCGAUCACGGAAUCGCCAAAAAGUCGGUCGCGAUGUCGUGGUCCCAUAAGAACAGAGAGACGACAGUUGACCUGCACUUAUCUGUUAUUAGUAAACGGCGAGCUCGUCAAGGUGUGCAAAGGUAUGUUUCUCAACACAUUUUCUGUCUCGGAGAAAUUCAUGCGCCUCGUGAUGAACAAAAAGCGAUCGUCAACGAACGGCAUCGCGGGAAUGGAUUUUAAAAAAAAACAUCAGAAAAAGAGCGAUGCGACAAAAGAAAUGAUUCGCGAGCACAUAAGAUCCUUUCCUGCGGAAAUACUACCUGAAGAUAAAACCGGGAGAGGCUAUCUCGAUGCCUCUCUCAAUGUAUCGGCAAUGCACAAGUUGUACGUCAAGCAUUGCCAAGAAAAAGGCUUGCCAAAGAAGGACAUUGUUAGACAGGGCUAUUACAGAGAAAUUUUUAAGUCUGAAUUUAAUUUAGGUUUCAAGUGCAAAGAAGCAACGUAGAGUUUAGUAUUUUGCUUAUUUUUAAACACAAAUUACUCGACGGUAUUUAUUAGUCAGUUAACUUUUUUCUAGUCAUCAAUUUACUCAUAAACACAUGAUCUUUAUAGUCCACAUAUUUCAUUCUCAAUGAAUGCAAAAUACGCUUUAAAACAAUUGCGAAAAAAAAAACACCACUUUUAUAGCUUUAAUUAUACCAAAAAACGAGCAACUGUUUUAUUUACAUGCACGUUUGUACUUUAUUUAUAUAAACUUUAAAUAUAAAAAUGUGAUUCAC